AUGCGGGGCCCCGGCCCGGCGCUUCCCCUGGGCUCAGGGGAGCUGGGGCCGGCGCGCCGGGGCUCGGCCGCCUGGUGCCGGCAGGAGGGCGGCCCGGUGUGCAGCUGGCCGCGGAAGCCGCAGCCGUGCGGAGCACGCACAAGUUCCCCCUCCCCGUGGCCCUGGGCGCGCCGCUCCGGGCUCCGGCCGCCCGGAAGGCUGCCAUGGCCGGGGCCCACCUCCGCCGGGCCGCAGGAGUCCUGCGCGGGCGGCCCCCUCCGGGCCUUCGAGACGCCCCCCCGCGACUCCCCGCACACCCCGGCCUUGGAGGAUCCUCCGCGGCAGGACGGUUCCCUUGUCCUCUGGCCAGGAUUCUCCAAGGCGUCUCACCACAUGGGCCGGCUCAGAAACGCAAAAAUCCACGUGGACAGAGCUGUCAAGCAGAAAAAGAUCUUUAUGAUCCAAGGCCGCUACCCCGUGAUCCGGUGUCUCUUGCGCCAGAGGGGCUGGGUGGAGAAGAAGAUGGUCCAUCACACAGGAACCAUCCUGCCACCACCCCAGAAGGAUCUGGAUAGUUCAGUGAUGGGUGACAGCGACACUACUGAGAACGAGGAUGAAGACAAGGAUGAGGAGUUCCAGCCACCACCGCUGUUGGACUUCGAUGAUUUACUGGAAUUUGAUGACCUGGAUGGGACACAUGCUCUGAUGUCCCGCAUGGUUCGGAACGAGACCCCCUACUUCAUCUGGACCUCUCGGCGGGACGUGCUGGACUGUCGCUUCCUCUCCAAGGAUCAGAUGAUAAACCACUACACCCGGGCUGGCUCCUUUACCACAAAGGUGGGUCUAUGUCUCAAUCUCCGGAAUUUGCCAUGGUUUGAUGAGGCUGAUGCUGACUCCUUCUUCCCACGCUGCUACCGCCUGGGGGCUGAGGAUGACAAAAAAGCCUUCAUAGAGGACUUCUGGCUGACAGCUGCCCGCAACGUCCUCAAGCUGGUGGUGAAGUCUGAAUGGAAGUCAUACUCUAUCCAGGCAGAAGAGGAAGACACCUCAGGAAACAAACAGCCCACGAAACAGGAAAAAAAGCCAGUGUCAGUGUCCCCAGAGUUUGUAGAUGAAGCUCUGUGUGCAUGUGAGGAGCACCUGAACAAUCUAGCCCACAUGGACAUCGACAAGGACCUGGAGGCCCCCCUGUACCUCAGCCCUGAGGGCUGGUCCUUCUUCCUCCAGCGCUACUACCAAGUGGUCCACGAGGGGGCAGAUCUCAGGCACCUCGACUCUCAGGUCCAGCGCUGUGAGGAUGUCCUGCAGCAGCUCCAGGCUGUGGUACCCCAGAUCAACAUGGAAGGGGAUCAUAACAUCUGGAUUGUGAAGCCAGGAGCCAAAUCCCGCGGACGAGGCAUCACGUGCAUGGACCACCUGGAGGAGGUGCUGAAGCUUGUGGACUGCAACCCCAUGAUGAUGAAGGACGGCAAGUGGGUGGUGCAGAAGUAUAUUGAGCGGCCCCUGCUCAUCUUUGGCACCAAGUUUGACUUGAGACAGUGGUUCCUGGUGACCGACUGGAACCCUCUUACUGUGUGGUUCUACCAUGACAGCUAUAUCCGCUUCUCCACGCAGCCAUUCUCCCUGAAGAACCUGGACAAAUCGGUGCACCUGUGCAACAACUCCAUCCAGAAGCACCUGGAGAAUUCAUGCCAUCGGCAUCCACUGCUGCCUCCAGACAACAUGUGGUCCAGUCAAAAGCUCCAGGCCCACCUGCAGGAGAUGGGAGCCCCAAAUGCUUGGUCCACCAUCAUUGUGCCUGGCAUGAAGGCUGCCGUGAUCCACACGCUUCAGACCUCCCAGGACACCGUGCAGUGUCGGAAGGCCAGCUUCGAGCUCUACGGUGCUGACUUUGUGUUCGGUGAGGACUUCCAGCCCUGGUUGAUUGAGAUCAAUGCCAGCCCCACCAUGGCGCCUUCCACGGCUGUCACCGCCCGGCUCUGUGCUGAUGUGCAAGCUGACACCCUGCGUGUGGUCAUUGACUGGCGGCUGGACCACAACUGUGACACUGGAGGCUUCGAGCUCAUCUAUAAGCAGCCUGCCGUGGAAGUGCCCCAAUAUGUGGGCAUCCGGCUCCUGGUAGAGGGCUCCACCAUCAAGAAGCCCAUGGCCAUGUGUCAUCGGCGGAUGGGGGUCCGCCCAGCACUUCCUCAUCUGCUGACCCAGCGAGGCUCUGGGGAAGGCAAAGACUCGGGGACCCCUACCCACAGGUCAGCUUCUAGGAAAGUUGCUGGGGCCAAGAGCUUGGGGCACACUGAGAAGCCAGACUCCAGUGCCAACACCUUGGCCUCCAGAAAAGAGAAGAAAGGCAAGGCGGAAUGUGCCACAUCCGUAGUCCAACCCAGUCUUCGGAAGUGUUACCCCCCCAGCACCAGCAUGGGCUGCAUUUUCACCAUGACUUUUGCUAGUGGGGAUAGACAACCCUCCCGCUUGAACAGAUUGCCAUUGAGCCCAAAGAACCCCCAGGCCUUGGCCCCUAACCACUUCCCCCGCCUCAACACCAAGGCCCCGCUGCCUUCUCCCCAUGUGCUCCGACCCCAGGGGUUGGGCCUCAGACUGCAGCACAGCAAGCUGGUGGGCUCUAAGGCCCUGUCGACCACAGGCAAGGCCUUGAUGACUCUACCUACAGCCAAGGUUUUGAUUUCUCUCCCACCUAACCUUGAUCUCAAGCUGGCACCCAGCAUCCUGAAGCCACAAAAGCACCUUCAAGGCCCCCAUCCUGGAAGUGCCUUGUCACCUCUGCCCUUUGAAGUCGGAACUCUUCCUAGCACCCAUAGGAAGGUCAAGACCAAAGGCAAGUUCAAGGCCAGACUCUGCAACAAACCCAAAGCAUGCCCUGAGAAGAGACUGAGCCUCCUGGAACCCCUGCCCCUUAUUGAUAUAUUCCAGAGGCCAGGGGGCAUGGGCAACAGGAGGCUAGGGAAGCCCGUGCAUCAGUCCCUACUACCCCUGUCCUGGAUCCAGCACCAAAUAAAAAGCAGCAAGUGAAGUAUUCUGGGCUCCAUUUCUGUUGGAGGGUGAAGAGCAGGUGGGUCAAGACCCUCUACCCCAAGGUCCACAGCAAGAGCUGGAGGCCAUCAACAGCUGCUGUACGCAGCCAGGCCCAGAACUCCCACCUGGUGACAGACAUGGGCUUCCUGUUCAGGGACUCCUAUGGCAUCUCCAAUCCUUGGGUAGGGGUGAGAGGGAUAAGCUUUCAUUUUACUGAUGAGGAAACUGAGUCUGAAAGAGGAGAUGUGGCUUGCCCAAGAUCAUGUGGCAGUGAGAAGGCAGGGACACAUUGCCAGAGCUGCUGACUGCUGGGAGUCCCCCCAGCCCCAGAGAAUAAGCUGGCUGGCAGCAGAAUGACAUCUAAUGGUCACAGACACAGGGGAAAAGGUGGACCUUCCCUAAACCAGCCCUUCUCCAGAUGGAGUAGGUCUUGGUCUCUUCCUCAGUAAGGGGCUAAGGUCACCUAAAAAUGGAAUAUCCAACAAGCUACACCCAUGGUAUUUCCUAGUUGUAGUGGGUUGAACGGUGGCCCCCAAAAGAUAUGUCUUCCUGGAACCUGUGAAUGUGAC